GAUGCACUGCUGCGCUCGUCUGUCUCUUGGCUCUCCAGGAGAGACGCUCGGAGGAGCCCUUGGUGGUGCACCGUGAUGGCGCUGACCUGGGGGGAAGGCGCCGGGCCGGACUUGUUGGUGGACGACGGCGGGGACGCGACGCUGUUGAUUCACGAAGGCGUGAAGGCGGAGAAGGAGUUUGCGCGGUCGGGAGCACUCCCAGAUCCUGCUGCGACAGACAACUUGGAGAUGAAGGUUGUGUACAAGAUCCUGGCGGAGGGCCUCCAGAAAGAUCCACAGAAAUGGUCGCGGAUGGCCGCGAACCUGAAGGGUGUGUCGGAGGAGACGACGACCGGCGUCCACCGCUUGCUCCAGAUGGCGAAGAAGAAGGAACUGCUGUUCCCGGCGAUCAACGUGAACGACUGCGUGACGAAGAGCAAGUUCGACAACGUCUACGGCUGCAGACACUCGCUGCCGGACGGCAUCAUGCGCGCGACCGAUGUGAUGCUCGGCGGCAAGCGCGUCGUCAUUUGCGGCUUCGGAGAUGUGGGCAAAGGCUGCGCUGCAGCGAUGAAGGGUGCAGGCGCCCGAGUCGUCGUCACGGAAGUCGAUCCGAUCUGCGCACUGCAGGCUGCGAUGGAAGGGUACAGCGUGUCAACGCUCGAGAGCCAGCUGGCGACGGCAGACAUCUUCAUCUCGGCGACGGGGAACAAGGACAUCAUCACGGCGCGACAUAUGAGUCAGAUGAAGAACAACGCAAUCGUCGGGAACAUUGGACACUUUGACAACGAAGUGGACAUGGCCGGUCUGCUCGCUUGGCCAGGCAUCCAGAAAGUGAACAUCAAGCCGCAAGUCGACCGCUUCAUCUUUCCUGAAGACAACCACGGCGUGAUCGUCCUCGCCGAAGGGCGCCUCCUGAACCUCGGCUGCGCGACCGGCCAUCCGUCCUUCGUCAUGUCGUGCUCCUUCACGAAUCAGACGCUCGCGCAACUCGACUUGUGGGAUAACGUCGCUACGAAGCGGUAC